UUUCCCCACGAGAGGGCUGGAUUGAGCAUAGUACGGCACAACUAUUUUCUUCCUGUUUUUCAGAAGGAAAAAAAUUUAAUCGAUCAAAAAGGGAGGAAAAAAAAGACGGUUAAUAGAAGAUCUAGUGUUUACUAGAGCACUGGGGGGAAGUCAUCGUUGAUCAGGCUCCCGCUGCGCCGGACAAAAUACGGCGCCUCCAUUCCCCACCGGCGACACCGAGCCGUUGCAUAACAAGGCAAGAAUGAUGCCCAUUUCUGGAGACGUCAGUAUGUUUUUUGGGGCCUUGCCUUCGCAUCCCAACCACAGGCCCGUCAUGCCUACCUUCCUUUGUUCCAAGGCACGGCUUGAUCAUUUCCGGAGUGGAGCUAGUGAUCUCAAGGUUGCACCCAAUUUGCUGCAGAUGAAACUGCCAGAUAUGAAUUCCACGAACUGGAGCCAUGUGUGCUUUGGGACGGGAGAAAACAAGCUUACACCAACAGUAAACCAAGAUGCUGAAGUAUUUCUUCUUAAUGUUGUUAACAUGAGCUUCUUUGACCGACUUAGUCUAACCUGGAGGAUGCUAUUUCCAACCAAAGUACGAAAUAAUUCCAAUGCAAAAACUGCAAAGCAGAGGCUUAAGAUGAUGCUAUUCUCUGAUAGGUGUGAUAUCAGCGAUGAGGCAAAGCAAAAGAUAAUUAACAAUAUUAUUGAGGCACUUUCCGAAUUUGUUGAGAUUGAUUCCCUGGAUAAGGUUCAACUCAAUGUUUCCACAGAUACAGAUCUUGGUACGCUCUAUUCAGUAACCAUUCCGGUCCGACGUGUGCGGCCAGAGUACCAAGAUUCUGAGGAGGAUUACAUUGGAAACAUAUCAAACAUCGAGUAUAAAGACACUGGCGAAAGAUCAGGCAAUAUAGAUGUAAAAUUUGAUUUCUUCCUGCCAAGUGACCAGUCGAAGAGGGUGAAGUGGGUAUCUGACAAAUAAGUUUGUUGGGCAAGCAAGAAUAAUAUCCUUUUUUUCUGCUGUCACUUGGAUCCUCAAAAUUCUGUAAAUAUUAGGAUUUAGAAUGUUGCUUGCAGGAUCUUGUUGAAAUUGUGUGCAGUUAGCAGAUACAAUUUGAAUGUCGGUUUGUUUAAACGUUGAGUUGCAUAGUGUUCUUGCUUUGGCAAAAGAACCUUAA